GGAGGGUCAGGCCCCAGGCUGCGGGGCGUGAGCAGAGGAUUUCCCUGUGCAAGAAGAAGGACGUGCGCAGGGGGCGGUGGCGUGUCCAGGAGGUGGCCCGCGGCUGAGCUUUGCUCUCCUCCCAGUUUCUUCCUGCUGUAAAGGCAGCGCUCUACACUCUACACUCUCUCCAGUAGGCCUCCCUGGAGCACUCAAGUACUCCAGUCUCAUCCAUUUUCAACCGCUGCCUGGAUUGCCCAUGGACCCCAACUGCUGCUGUGCCACAGAUGGAAGCUGCUCCUGCGCUGGCUCCUGCAAGUGCAAAGACUGCAAAGGCUCCUCCUGCAAGAAGAGCUGCUGCUCCUGCUGCCCCCAGGGCUGUGCCAAGUGCUCCCAGGGCUGCAUCUGCAAAGAGGCUUCAGACAAGUGCAGCUGCUGUGCCUGAAGUGGGGGCGCCCACAACUGCCUGUAAAUAGAACAACGUGUACAAACCUCGUCACACACAAUCCCCUGUGUGUGUGUGAAUAUUGGGGAUCAAACCCCGGGCUUCCUGCACACUAAACCAGGUGCCCUAAGGAGCCACACUCCUACCCCAAAGUACAUAAUAUUUCUGGAUGCUCUCCCCAAGUCACCUGGAUUUUUAGGUUGAAAAAUGAUGUGAGCGAGCUGGAUGUGGUUAUGCAGGCUUUUAAUUCCAGCUGGCGAGGCAGGGACAUACUCUUCAAAGGCUAGAGAGAUGGCUCAGGGGUUAAGGGCUGAUUGCUCUUCCAGAGAACCCUAGUUCAAUUCCCACAUGGCAGCUCUCAAACGUGUGUAACCCCAAGAUCUGUCACUCUCAUAUAGAUAUACAUGCAUAUAUAUAUGUAUGUAUGUAUGUAUAUAUACACAUAAAUAUGCACAAAAUAAAGGUAAAUAAAUAAAAAUUAUUUUAAAAUGA